AUGGUUCUGUUGGUUCUUUUUAUUUUCUUGAAUUUGUUUCCACCUGAGAUAAUUACAAAACCCUUCACUGCAGGGUCAGUUGAUAAUGUGGAGGCCUUCAAUAGAGGAGUCUUUAAUGGAGGGGCUACUACUGUAUCGGAGAUGAAUCAAGAAUGCAACUCAUUGACAGAAAACAGCUGUGCGAUUCCUUGUGGGCAUUUGAAUGCUUCUCAGUAUGUCAGUUCAUUGGAAGCGAAGCGACCAAUUCAUCAACAAGAUCAAGAACAAUUGGAUGGGUCACUUGAUAAUGGGGAGGCCUUCGAUGGAGGAGUCUUUAAUGGACUGGAAAACAUGACUUUUACACAACUGCUUCAGCUGGAUGAUCUCGAUGUUGUGAAGGCUCUCAAUGGAGGGGGCUUUUAUGGAGGAUCCCAUACUGUAUCAGAGAUCAAUCAAGAACCCAACUCAUUGACAGCAAACAGCAGUGGGAUUCCCGAUGGUGAUUUGAAUGCUCUUCAGUAUUUCAGCUUAUCAGAAGCCAAGCCACAUAUUGGUCAACAAGAUCAACAUCAGGAACAUUUGAUUUAUCAGAGCCCAUCUAGCUAUCAACAAAAUCAUUGGGGGAAUGAUCCCACGAAUGAAUGUCACAUAGUGGGUCACCGAUUUAUGCCUCAAAAAACAAUGUUGUCACAGAAAAAAAGAAGAUUCCAAUCAAGAAAUCACCUCAGUGACUCAACUUCUGGAUUCCAGAGAGAAGAACCAAAGCAGGGACUAUUGGAUAUGCAUUUGGACAGUAUAUGCACUGGCUCCUACCAUUCACAUUCUCCAUUGAUGAAGCAGCAUGGCAGUGAAGAAGUUCUUAGAAAAUCUGUUCCUUCACAUGGAGAAGAUUUGAAUGCACAAUCUACUGGUUCAAUGAAAUGCCCCCUGUCAAAGGCUUCCUCUCCUCAAAACCGAAUGCUUGAAAAUCCUGCUAGUGAAGCUUCGAAAUGCGUUGAAUGGCUCGUUUUUUUGGACCAUGGCAGCACAUGUUCAGCUCCAGCAGGCCAGUGCUCGUUUUAUCUAUGUGCAUAUGCCCAAAGGAUUUGGAUGCACAUUUCUAUUUGUGAACAAAUUCAGUGCCCAUUUCUUUAUUGUCGUCAACUGAGGAAAUUGUGGGGGCUCUAUUGCAAUUGUAGCGACCAAGAUUGUCUUGUUUGUAGUUGUGUUUGCAUAUUGAUAUCUUUUCACCAGCCGUCGGAUUUUUGGAAGGUAGAUUUGACAAGGAACAGUAAAGAAGCUCUGAGCUCUGCGCCUUUGGGAGAUGUGCAAUAUCCACCAAAAAGAAUGAGGGCCGAACAUUCUUCACCAAUCCAAUUCUUGCCAGAACCUGUUGCCUCAAUACCAGAGGUUUCUGAUCCUGAGCAAGUAGAAGAGAGCUUUCAAAAUGAAGGUCCUGCUGUUGUUGAACUUGGAGAUACUCCAAGGUUGUUUUAUUGUUCCUUGACAUCUGCUCAUGGAAAUCCAGGGACAAAAAUGCAAAAUAGGAAAGAGCCUAAAUGUUGCAGUCCCAAGAUUCUGAGCACUGUGCUUUCUGAAGAUCUGCAGCCUCCAUUAAAAAGAAUGAAGUUUGAGCACUUACCGACAAAAUGUAUUUCACCAGAACCUUUAUCGCAAACAUCACAGUUUUGUGAUCAAGUGCCAGUAAAAGCAAUUGCUGACAUCGAAGAGCCUGGUUUUGUCGUAAUUAAGGAUACAACAAUGAAGAUGGGAAGUUCCCCAAACUUUUGUCAUGAGAUUCCAGGGACCAAAAUGGACAUUGGUAUGGAGCACACUACGCCUGGUUUUGUCUUAGUUAAGGAUACAGCAACAAAGAUGGGAAGUUCCCUAACCUUUGGUCAUGAGAUUCCAGGGAACAAAAUGGACAAUGGUAUGGAGCACACUACUGAGGUGAAAGAAGGUAUUCCUUUAAUAUCCUCAAGUGAAUUAUCAUCACAAAUCACCAGUGAAAAUCGCACUGAACUCAACAUGUGCAAGAUGGAAAUGAACCAGGAGCCUGCUAUCUUAUGGGUUGAUUGUGAAGCAGGAACCAUGCAUGGGAAGCAAAAGAUACAAGGUGCUUCUUUGCUUGAAUUUUUCACCCCAGAGCAAAUUACUGAUCAUAUAAACUCCCUCAGGCAGUGCGUUGGUCUGGUUUAUUGCCUUGUCCUAAAGAUUUUGCCACCAGUAGUCUACUUUCUUUUAUCUGUGAAUGAGUCCAUCAAGACUAAUUCAAAGGCAGAACAUUGCCAAGCAAUGGAGAGUUCUGUGAAUCAAAGCUCUUGCCAGAUGUGUGGUAUGGAGAAGCUCUCUUUUGCACCACCUGAUGUGUAUUGUAAUCAAUGUGGUCUUCUUGUCAAGAGAGAUGCUACAUAUUAUACCACAAGCACUAGGGAGAAACAAUAUUAUUUUUGUCGUAAAUGCUUCCAUGGAUCAUGCAAGAGAAUUGAAGUUGAGAGGUCUAAGAUUCUCAAGUCUAGUUUUGAUGAGAAAAAGCAUGUUGGUACACUUGAUGAAGAGUGGGUUCAAUGCGAUGGAUGCCAAUCUUGGAAUCAUCAGAUAUGUUCUCUUUUCAAUAAGCGAAAAAAUUAUUCCGAGGAAGCGGAAUAUAUAUGUCCUAAGUGUUACUUAAAGGGGGUUGAAGGAGGAGAACGAAAGCCCUUACCUCAAAGUGCUCUUCGCAGUGCAAAAGACUUGCCAACAACAUUCCUUAGUGAUCACUUGGAGCAUAGGUUGUUUGAGGGGCUUAAGCAGGAGAGAGGAGAAAGAGCAAGACGAUCAGGGAAGAAUGUCAAUGAGGUGCCAGGAGCAGAAGAUCUUGUCAUCAGAGUUGUCUCCUCUGUUGGCAAGAAAUUGCAAGUGAACCAACACUUUUUGGAUAUUGUUAAAGAUUACCCAACAGAGUUCUCAUACAAGUCAAAGGUCAUAUUGUUGUUCCAAAAAAUUGAAGGUGUAGAUGUUUGCCUUUUUUGCAUGCAUGUCCAAGAGUAUGGUUCAGAUUGUCCCUAUCCAAAUAAUCGCUGUGUAUAUCUUUCAUACCUUGAUUCUGUCAAGUAUUUCCAGCCUGCGAUUGUUGCUGCAACGGGGGAGGCUCUUCGUACUUUUGUGUAUCAUGAAAUUUUGGUUGGAUAUCUCGAGUAUUGCAAAAAAAGAGGUUUUGUAAGCUUCUAUAUAUGGGUCUGCCCUCCUUUGAAAGGUGAUGAUUAUAUCUUCUAUUGCCAUCCAAAUUCACAAAAGUCACCAAAGUUGGGUAUGCUACGUCAGUGGUAUCUUAAAAUGAUAGAGAAGGCCAAAAAUGAAGAUAUUGUAGUGGAGCAGAUGGAUAUGUAUGAGCAGCUCUUUAUGCGUUCAUGUGAAAAGAAUGCGAAGAUUACCAUCAGUCGGGUGCCAUAUUUUGAUGGAGACUACUUUCCUAGAGAGGCAGAGUAUAUUAUUGCCAAUAUUCAUAUAGAAGAAGCUUGCAGAUUCCAUUAG